ACCAGGAUCUCAGAGGCGGCACCGAAGAGAGAUCCUGAACAGCGAUCCUGGUGCACAGUUUGUCAAUGAACAGUUCCGUGUGUGAUUUCUUGUGUCGCGUGCACGUGUGAGUGACAAGUAGAGUCCCUCCGAAAAAUCUGGCCGUGGUAUUGCAACACAGAUAUGUUUCAUUAAUUUUUCAUCUCACGACGCACAGGCUGGGCUCGUCUAAUGUGUCAACAUCUGUUUCCUGCAAACAAUGCACCAUGAAAUGGACUUUUUUUGUGAAGAGCAGAAGAGGAUAUAUAUUUUUUUUCUCUCUCUUUCUCACAUUCUCUUUCUCUCUCUCACGUGUCUUCGCUCGUGAAAUAGAUUAAACAUUUCAAGGAUUUCGUCUUCGUGGAAUUCAGAAAAAGAGGGGAAAAGAAGUCAGGGAAAUCUUCGACCGCAAUGACCUUCUUGAAGCUCUUAGCCUACCUGGUUCUCCUAAGCCUCUGGUACCAUGAAGCUGCCACCGUUGCUAAGAUCCCACGCACGGUGACGCGCCGCUCCCUCAGCCUGGCGAGGCCGUGGGCUGCGCUCGAGACGCCGGCAGGGACGAACGGCACGUCGGCGGAGGUGGGGGAGGUCCUCGUCCCAGGGGGAGAGGCGCCCCCCACGCGCAGGCCUUCGCUGAGGAUCCCCCGCCGCAGGAAGAGGGGAAGGAACCCGAAGACGACCAAGAAGAAGAACGGGAGGAAGUGGAGAUACGAUAAAGAGGAGAGAAGGCGGAGGCGAUUGCAGCAGCAGCGUCGGAAGUUGAAGUUGACCCUCGGCUUCGCGGACGAUCUCGAGAGGAAGGACGAGACGCAAGGCAAGAAGAAGAAGGAACAGAGGAAGCAGGAGAGAAGAAGAGGGACGAAGGUCGCGAAUUCGUUUAAGAAGAAGAAGCAGCCGAAGGGAAGAAAAGGGUCGAAGCCGAAUAUCAUUUUCUUCUUAAUUGAUGAUUUGGGCUACAACGACGUCCCUUGGCACAACCCUGACAUCCGCGCGCCCGAGAUGCUGCGGCUGGCGAGGAAGGGCAUCGUGCUGGAGAACCAUUACGUGCUGCCCUUGUGCACGCCCUCCCGCGCCGCCCUGCUCACCGGCCACUACCCCUUCCGCUACGGCAGGCAGGGUUCCCACACCCCUCUGAGUCCCACAGGCCUCAACACCUCAAUGACGCUCCUUCCCCAGCGGCUCAGGAACCUCGGCUACCGCACACACCUGGUUGGAAAAUGGCAUCUUGGCUACUGCAAUAAGGCUUACACACCCACUGCCAGGGGGUUCGAUAGCUUUUACGGAUUCUACCUGGGGAGUCAAGACUACUAUACGCAAUAUAGACAACUUGCGCCGAAAAAAGGUUCUCCUUCCUGGUUCGACAAAAACGAGGUUCUGUUCGACCACGACUUCGGACGCUCGCCUCCGGACACUGAGGACGAGCUGAAGGACUUAGAAGGCGCUAAGGACGGCCGCGACGACCUCGAAAACGACAGGGGACGCAGCUGGCUCAACGACCUGAACACGAACGACGGUGGCUACGACUUCCGCUUCAACGACACGCCGCUCAGGAACGUGUCGGGCAUCUAUUCGAACAACCUGUACGCUGCUCGUGCCAGGAACAUCAUAAGAGAACACGCAGCUCAAGCAAGCAAAGACAACCCCCUGUUCCUCAUGCUUUCCCUACAAUCGGUCCACGGUCCCGUCGACGUCCCCCUCGACUACAGACGGCAGCACAGGAACAUCAAGAAUCUAGCCAGGAGAACCUUCCAUGGUAUGCUGAGUGCGUUGGACGACCUGAUGGGCCACGUCGUGAGCGAACUGAAGAAGUCAGGUCUUUAUCACAAUUCGAUCAUCGUCUUCACCACUGAUAACGGCGGCAAUAUCAGGUCCGGAGGCAACAACUUCCCGCUGCGAGGGAAUAAAGGAGGCGUGUUCGAGGGCGGUACCAGGGGCGUGGCUUUCAUUCACUCUCCUCUCUUACCGAAGACAGGGUUCAAAUACGAUGGGCUGAUGCACAUAGUGGACUGGCAGAGUACUCUCCUACACGCCGUGGGAGCUACCGAGUCCCCCUUCAGGAAGCGCAGGGGCGGGGGGCAAGUGACGAGCCCAGAGGACGACGACCCCGACACCUGGGAGGACGACGACCAGCCCCAGGGGUCGGAAGGAGACGGACUCAACCUGUGGGACGCGAUCACGACCAACGCGGAGUCGCCGAGGACCUCCUUUGUUUACAAUCUGCGGAAGGGGCCGCUUAGAGGGGCGAUACGGAGGAAGCACUGGAAGCUCGUCGUGGGCGGGGGUGGGCGGUUCGACGGAUGGGUGCCGCCCUCAGACGUGGCAGCAGGAGGAAAAUUUGGCUUCCUACCCACUCACUGUUGCUCGUCUUGGUACACUACUAUGCCUUCAAACCACGUUGUGUUGUAUAACUUAAGGGACGACCCCCUCGAAACCACCGACGUCUCGCACUUAUUCCCUGAAGUGACGUCCACCCUGAAGUCUCGCCUGAGGAGGUACGCGGCCCAGAGCGUCCACCCGCAUGCCCCGAGGGACGACCCCAAUGGACACCCGAGGUUUCACGGGGGCUUCUUCUCCCCUGGGUGGUGCGAUGCCGUCGUCUGAGGCGAUUUUCCUCACUUUUUUGGAAUUCUUAUUUGUUUGUCGUUGUUAAGUGCCUUUUUUCACUUUAUUUUUUUAUUUUUAUUUGUUUGAUUAUGGUGUUGAUGUCAUCAUUUAAUGCGAUUAGAAAAAAAAACAAAUCUUUAUCUAUGUAAUAGUGGUGCGUUGACGUUGGUUAAUGCGAUUUUUAUCACUUUUCAUAUCUUUAUUCUUAUUUGUUUGUCUUAUGAUGGUAUUGAUGCCGCCAUUUAAUACGCCCUUUUUCAUUUAUAUAUAUUUCUUACUUAUUAGUCUUGUCUCUCCGGGGAUCCCCUCGUAGAGCGGGAUCUAAACUAUAUAUGUAUUUCUAUUUUAAUUAAUGAUUUUUUGAAUAUUUUAAAUUUUCUUUCAUUUAUUUACCGAAUUAGUACUUUCUAAUUCAUAUAUUUCUGGCGCGAUGUCAUAUUUGUUUAUUCUUAUAUAUUUUUUAAUUAUUAAUUAUAUGUUCAUUAUCUAUAUAUCUAUUUAUUUAUUCUUAUUAUCAUUUACGCGUCAAGGGAUGUUGUUUACUACGAACCUAUGAUUUUUUUUUUUUUUUUUUUGAUUAACAUGAAAUCAUUUCCUUAUUUACUUUUAUAUGCAUACUCUUAUGUUGUACUAAGAGUCGUGAGAUUCUGCCAUUAUGUCAGCUUUCCAUUAUUUAUAGUCUGUAUAAUUACAUGCGUAUGCAUACUUACAUUAUUCAUGUAUACACUCAUAUGUUGUACUGAGGUGGUCAUAGGAAUCUAUCAUUAUGAUUUAUCUGUCACCUAUUUAUAGUCAAACACAGACAUCACACACACGCGCGCGCGCGCGCGCGUAUAGAUUUACAUAUACAUACACCCAAUCAUUCAUAUAUAAAUUUUCGUUUCCAUUUGCAUUUGUAUCAUCCUAAUUUAUACAUUAAUAAAAUUAGAUGAAAGAAAUGCUCUAUGUAUAAGUUUAGGUUUGCAACACAGGCAGUAUUAUUUACCAGGGUGUCUCCAUUCCUUUUAAAUAUAUGUACUAUCUCGAAAACCUUUAUUUAAUGAUUUUGGAAUAUUAAAUCAUUCAAUAUGUAA